AUGUACCAGCAUCAUGGUGAACCUGGAGAUGAGGGGAUUCCCUUGGAUGAUCUCCAACAGAUCAUUCAUGAUCGAGAUCCCCGCAGAAGACAGGAGCUCGAAGAUCAAAAACAAAAGUUUACCGCUUCUUCCAGAGCAGUCAAUGCACGUCAACAGGACGAUGAAUUUUUGAUGGGCAUGGUGGCCCUGCGAAGUCAUGACAGCCCUGUAACAACUUAUGAAAUAGAAAAGGGUAAUAUUUCCAAAACUACAAGCUCCCCACAAGCACUGGUAGAUGAGAAUCGCACCAACCGGCCCCAGGUCAUUUACGACGAGAGAGGUUGUGUCAUCAACGCUCCGACUACCAUUUCUGUGAAUUCGCUAUUGCCGGGUGCCUAUCCAGGAUUGCCAGGUGCUGUGGAUAACCAACAUUUUUCACUCCAACAUGGUUAUAUUGAGGAUGAAAACCAAGCAAACCACGAGGACGGAAGCAAUGUGCGGGAAGGUCCUGUGGAAACUACAGCAAAGAGCUCCUGUGCAUUAAACAAGCUUGUGAUUGGGGCUAUCGUUAUCGUUGUCAUUGCAUUGGCAAUUGCCAUCCCAACAGCACUCUUAACAGGUGGCAGCCUGUCUGAAAAAAUGACACAAUCCGAUGCCGAUCUCUACCUGAUUGAAGACGAUCCAAACUGGAACUCGUUUCCAGACUGGCGAAAAUCACAACGAUUUGGCCUAGCAUGCCUCUACUUUGCCUGCCUGUGGAAAGUGGAGCCCGCUUAUGAUGUUGUGCUCACCUAUUUACAAGAGGAAUGUAUGAUGCCAAUCACAACGAUAUUUCGAGGCCUGUGCGACCACAGAGGCCGGUUUCGAGAAAUCAACGUGUGGUCUGCACAUGGUCGGUUAUCAGACACCAAAUCACGCAUCCCUCCCGAAAUAUUUCUCCUUUCUGGACUGGAAGUAGUCAGCUUCUUGGAGCUCAAUCUUGAGGCUGAGAAUUCUUUAGAGGAUAUUCUGAAUCUGAACUUGGUACCAUUUCCACAAUACUCUCUUGCAGUGCUGAGAAUUGCACAAUGCAAGCUAUCUGUGACACUGCCAACCACCUUGGGACUCAUGACAAACUUGACUCUGUUGGACUUGAAUUCGAAUAAUUUGCAAUCCACGAUUCCAAGUGAAUUGGGUCGUUUGACACAACUGGAAGAGCUUUUACUGCAGGGCAAUGAUGAUCUGAGUGGGACCAUUCCAGAGGAAUUGCUGGAACUACCAUCGUUAAGGGUGGUCCAUGUGGGAGCAAAUGAGAUACCAGAUAGUUUUUGUGAAAAGAAAAACAUUUGGGCCAAUUUGACACUGACAACAAACAUGUGCAACAGUUACGAAACUUGCUGCUGUGCCUAA